AUGGGCGAACUAAAGAUUGCCGAUUUUCCCAUCAACUCAUCACACGAACCGGCCCCCCAAUGUGCAGUAUAUAUUCGCGAAGUUGGAAGAAUCAAGUCCAGAUUCCUGGCCCAUGACCUCUCUAGUGGCCUGCCGCCACCCCAGACACUAUCGCUGCAGGAAGGCCAGACAUAUGCAGAGAAUCGGGAUCCAACCUUUGAAAUUAAACGCCGCUCUGUCAUCGGCCGCUCCUUUACAGCAUACGAGACGGGCAUGUCGGAGCCAGCUGCCCAGAUGGACUGCGCCACUUGGUCCUUGGGUCACUGGAUCAUUACAUUUCCGGGCAAUUCACUCAUUCACAACUUAGACAUGCGGCCGGCGGGCAACCAGGCACGCGCUGACAUAUUCGUGGUGGAAAGCAUCCCGUUCUUUUGGGAGCCUCAAGGCAAUGGUGCUGUGCGGAAGCUGUGGAAAGCGGUAAAUGGCGAGCGAAUUGAGGUUGGCGAAUUACAGUCAAGGACAUCUCGGGAUACGCACGGGUUGCUCAAGAUUGACACCGCCCAUGUUGACCGCUUGGUGGGCAUCAUGACCUCUAUUGCUCUGUUGAAACGUCUUGAGUCGUUUCGCAAGUGA